AUGGGGAAUGAGGCAAAAAAACAAAUUCUCACAAAAGCUCUUGAAAUCGGGAUCGGAGUCAACCGAACCAACGGCCUUUCCUACCAAUUCGGACUAGAUAGUCUCAUCAACUCGGUCGUCAAUCAGCCAAACUUGCAUUUUGCUCCCAAACUCAUUCUGCCACAGAAUAUGCAGGCAACUCAGAUCCACGGAUCACAUAACUACCGAAUGAAGUACCUACAGUUGGAAUGGCUCUUCAUGAUUGCCCCGUUGUGA